AUGGCGGCAUACGACAAUACCACCACGAGCACCACGAGCACUACGAACCACGACACGGACGCUUCGUCGGGGCCCUAUCCAUUUGAUGAUGGGAAACCUAUGAUGGUCACACGACAUGGCACCUGUGAGGAGGCCAUAGCUCAUGCCCAAGUUCAUCGGCAUGGCAUCAAUUCGAUCAAGGCAGACGACAAGACCCAAUCCAAGAAGAACAUCGUAUGGCCUGGCUUGGCCAAGAAGAUCGCCACCGGGGCCUCAGCAUACUACCCAUCGAAGGUGGUGACGGCCGUGACAAAGGCGAUAGUGGGAUCCUGGAAUGCGAGUGAGGAACGGGCUGACACCUCCAUCACCAAGGACAUCGAGACCUACCUCGUGGAGAUUCCAGAGACCUUCGAAGACAAGGAGGAGAAGAAUGUGAUGAUGGAGAAGAAGAAGCCUCCAGACAAAAGGGAGACGAAGCCGGGGAAGAUUCCGGCGAAGAAGACAAUCAAGAAGAAAGAUGAUGUCUCCCAAGCUCCAGGUGAAGAAGAGAAGAUUGGGGGACCCGGCGAAGAACAGAAGAAGAUGGUUGCCUCAACAAUGACGCCAAGAACCCAGGCAAUGGAAGCUGAAGGAAAGCCGAUUCCACCUAUGUCACUGGCACGGCCGAACAAGCGGCCCAAUCUUCGAGCGGAACUCAGUGCACCGCUCCUCAAUGCAACCUUCCCGGAGGACAUCAUGGACCUCAUCAGGAUGAUGGCAGACGAGAAGAGAAGGAAGAUUGAAGAACCAAGGAGAUCCCGAGUGGCGAAGAGGAAAGCCUCUGAGGGUGAUGGUGAGCAGGGGAACUUCUAUGCCCUUGAGAUUGAGGUCACAGAGGAAGAGUCAGUUUUCCUCAUGAGGCAUCCUCGCAAAGCCAGUGGACAAGGAGAGAGCAAAGAACCGGAAGGCAGUGGCAGCCUCCUUGGAGAUCAGCCAACUCAGGGGAGUGAUCGGUUCGCUCUCAUGGCAAGCCUCCCAGACGGCUCCGCAGAUGUCGGCCUGCUGCUGUCAGAAGUGCCCUAUGCCACGGUGGACACCUUGCUUCGUACGAACAAACUGGUUCGAGAAGUGCGCAUGGUGCCACAGACCCUGGUGUUCCCUCACUGGAAUGUGCCUUGGCAUGAUUUGAGCAUAGUUGUUUGGUCCGAUGCGUCGAACUCGAAUCGACCGGACAAGAGCUCUACGAUGGGCAUCGUGGGCGGCUGUGCUCCGAAGUCCAUACUGGAUGGAACUUCGCAGCAGGUGGCCUUGAUCACCUGGCGCCGCAAUAUGCGGAAGCGACAGUUGCAGGAGGAGAUGACGAAGCAGUUCGUCAACCAGGCUUAUGACUCGGUGGCCUCCCACGGCCUGGUGCACCGUUUGGACCGUGACACGCCGGGGGCUUCAAAGCGCUUGGAUCGUGGAGUCAAGUCGGCGAUGCGAGACUUUGUGACUCCUGAGGGUGGCUACGACGUGGACCGCGGAUAUCCUUUGGUGGGUGAUGUGACAUACGGAGGCAGUGAGCCAACCUGGCCCUGCCCUUGGAUGCCACGGAUUUUCCUGCAUGCUGCCCGAUUGGUGCAGCACUUGGAGACGUCCGUAAUCGUUUCAACCACCACACCCGCCAGCGAUUGGCACAGGUGCUCCUUCGUGAAGAUGUUUGAGCCUGAAUAUGCCCAGCGUCAUGCUAUGGCAGCUGUGGUGCUUGCAGGAUGUCGUGCACUUUGUCCAGGCUUGACAUUGUUGGAUGCCCUGAACACCCUGAGGCCACCAGGCUUGAAAUGGAGCUGCCUCUCCCAGAGGCAAAGUCAGCUAGCCCAGUGCCGUGCAGAGAAGUCAAGCGCCCAUCAAAAGAAGGUGCUGGCAACCGUGCUCCGGAGCCAAAAGCUGCUUCGAGCCCGGUCAAGCGACCUGCAGGCAAGGCGGCUGGCCGUGGUCCUGGUGGAGAGAAGCUCCUUCAGGAGUUAUGAAGGGCUCAUGGAUGCUCAUGGCUUUGGUGCCGCGGUGAACCUUCGCAACAGCAAAUCCCUGCGUUUGGCUAUGUCACGCUCUACCCAGGCAUCCCCAGCCCUCAUGGCCAAAGCACGUGCUCUUUUGGAGCGCUUGGCGGCUGCAGAAUCGGCAGCUUUUGAAGACUUGCGAGCAGCAGAGCGGAAUGAUGACCAAGAGCCUCCAGUACCCUGGAGGUUGGUGUGCUUGGAUUUCGACAGAACCAUUGCGAAGGAGCAUAUGUGGGGCACCUACAAGGAAGCACCAUUGGAGGAUAUCCCCGUGUCUGAGGAGACCUUCACUGACUUGGCACUGUUCCGGUGGUUGGUGCGAGCUGUGCGGAAGCGGGCAGGAGAAGUCGCCAUUGCCACCUUCGGCCGUGCAGAUGUGGCGGGCAAAGCCAUGAAGUUUGCGCUGGGCGAAGACCAUGGCGUUGUGAUCACCACUCCAGCGGACUUCCCAGACCCCGCACCCGACGAGGUCAACGGCGAGGUUGUGCACUGCCCGGAGGGGAGUUCUUGGCUGGGUGAUAAAAACACCCAGUUGGCCUCACUGGCUCGGCGCUUCAAAGUGGCGGCCACUGACAUGAUCUUAUUUGACGACGACUUGCACAAUGUCGAGGAGGCUGCAAAAGCUGGUGUUGCAGCCUUUCAUGCUCCCGCUGGGCUCAAUAAAGCCGCUGUUCAGAAAGUUGCCGAAUUGAUCGGACUCACUGGACAGUCAGAUUGA